AUGACUCUCGGCACAAUCAACCUCUCGGUUAAAGCCAGUAGCAUGACGAAAAUCGUGGAGUUCUUGGUCAUCGAUCGACCCACGUCGUAUAACGCGAUCAUAGGAACUCCAUGGCUGAAUUUCAUGCAACCAGUCCUGUCGACAUACCACAUGUGUCUCAAAUUCCCAAACACUCGCGGGAUCGAGACAAUCUGGGGAGAUAGGAAAAUCUCACGAGUCUGCUUCGCUGCAAAAUUAAAACGAAAAAAACCAUCGGCCGAGUUUGCGGCUCAAAACAAAAAGAAAUCGUCUAUCGUUGACAACACCAUAGAACAAGAUAAAACUGAAAUCUUUUGGCAAUCACGAGUAGCCGAAGCUUUAGAAGCAAAACGCGAGCCGUCCUGCGAGCAUGUAAUCUCAGUAUGCUUAGACGAAGCAUUCCAAGAUCGCUGCGUGGAAAUCAGCACGAACCCGAGCGAGUCUCUCAAAACCGAGCUCAUAGCUUGUCUGAAAAAGAACUUGCACACGUUCGCAUGGGCCGUAGAGGACAUGUCGGGGAUUGACAUCAAGGUCACAUGUCACGAGCUGAACGUCGACCCAACUUUCAAACCUUUCAAACAAAAGAGACGAAAGUUGGGACCAGAACGCACUGGUGCGGUUAACGACAAGGUCGAAAAACUCCUCAAAGUCGGAUCCAUAACAGAGGUGAGGUAUCCUGACUGGCUCGCUAACCCAGUCGUCGUCAAAAAGAAAAACGGAAAGUGGCGAGUGUGCGUCAAAAUCACUGAACACUAA